AUGUCUCUGUCCAAAUUAAUCGCAUCUCUCUCACUGCUGUGGCUCUGUGCUACGGCUAUACCAGCUGGACCUGGCUAUUGGCCAAAUGGCACAUCAUCAGAAAUCGUUGGAGGCGAAUACAGUGUGGCAUCGUACGGACUCAUCGGCAAUUACGAUGGCACCAACUGGCUGAAUAUGUUCGACGUGCAAGCAAUAGCUGACCCUACACAUGGCUUUGUAGAGUACGUCAACGCGCAGCAAGCUCAACAGCUGGGCCUUCUUCGUACACAAGGAAGCCAAGUCUAUAUGGGAGUGGACACUACCUCUGUACUGGAUCCUAAUGGACCGGGGCGUAAGAGUGUCCGUAUCCAAAGCAAGCGAGCCUACAACCAGGCCCUCAUCAUCGCCGACUUCGCCCAUGUUCCAGGGAGUAACUGUGGCUCCUGGCCAGCAUUCUGGAUGGUCGGGCCCAAUUGGCCCAACCAGGGCGAGAUAGAUAUUUAUGAAGGCGUACACUUAAAUACCUACAACCAAGCCACUCUCCACACCUCGCCCGGCUGCGUACCUUCAGUCGGUCCCGGCGGUGAAACAGGGCGCCGCGUCGUGAAUGCAGACUGUGGCGCAGGUGGCGGUUUCGAUGGCUGCGGCGUCAUGUCCAACAACCCGACCUCCUACGGCACAGCAUUCAACUCCAACGGUGGCGGUGUGUAUAUAUUACUGUGGACAAACUCGGCAAUCAAAGUCUGGUAUUUUGCGUCGAGGGAUGUGCCUGCGAAUAUCAGGAACGGUAGUCCUGAUCCUGGUUCGUGGGGAACACCGACUGCAAAUUUCGGACCGGGAUGUGACUACGGUGCAAAGUUUUUAGAUCUGAGUAUUGUGUUCGAUAUCACGUUUUGUGGUGAUUGGGCGGGUGGUAUUUGGGGCCAGACGAGUUGUGCGCAGGCCAAUCCGAGCUGCAAUGCCUAUGUGGCGAGUCAGCCGCAAUCAUUUGCUGAUAAACACAGAGCUACUGGUUGA